CAAAUCAGCUGAGUGGGCCGGUAACUGACUGUAGACUGUACUGACUGACAGAAGUGACAUUUUGUUCCACUAUUUCCCGCCAAAAUAAGACAAGAUAAUCAAAUAAGAAUUUCCCUCAACUCACGAGACAUUUUGUAUGGAUUCCAAGGAAACAUAGCUAUUUUAAGGAGUAAUAUAUCGAAGGGAUCUCAAUUUAACCGUUACAGUAACUGCGCAAUACGUGUUAGAUUUUAUCAAUCGACCAAAAUGAAAAGGGGGGCUUUGAUAGUUAUCGAAGGAGUAGACAGAACCGGGAAAUCGACACAGGCCAGAAAACUGGUUGAAAACUUAAAGAAGAAGCAGAUUCAAGCUGAAUACACAAACUUUCCAGCCAGAGAAACAGAAGUUGGGAAGGUUAUAAACAGUUACAUACAGUUAAAGAGUGACUUAUCAGAUGAAGUGGUACACCUGCUGUUCUCAGCGAACAGGUGGGAGAGAGCCAAGCACAUAAUAAAGACACUGGAGGCCGGCACCACACUUGUUGUGGACAGAUACUGCUACUCUGGUGUUGCUUACUCAGCUGCUAAAGGUCUAGACAUUGACUGGUGUAAGUCACCUGAUGUGGGUCUACCCAAACCAGACAAGGUGUUCUUCUUAACAAUGCCUUUUGAAUCCAUCAUGGAAAGGAAGGGAUUUGGAGAAGAAAGGUACGAAGUUUUGGACUUCCAGAAGAAAGUAUCAGAAACAUAUGCAAAGUUGAAAGAAGAUUAUUGGGAAGUACUUGAUGCAAACAGGUCAAUGGAAUCGAUUGAAGAGGAUUUACUUGAAAGGACCCUGGAUGUCGUAAAUGACGUUUCAGAUAAACCUAUAGGCAAUGUCUGGGUAGAGAAAUAAUUUAGGAGAAAAUCGUUGGUUGGCCAAGAUAUAUAAGUAUUCAUAGAAUAAUUUGUUUCGUACAUAGUAUCAUUGUUGUUAAGAAUUAUAACUAGGUAUCUGAACUUUAGUGAACUUUGCAACAUACCAUUGACCACCAGACACAUAGCAGAGCUAAAGAGACUUAAAUGUGUCUGAGUCGUCAAGAUCGCACUUAGUGACAAAAAUCCAUCAAAAAUUGUAUAAUUCAUUCCAUUAUAUCACCUACCAAGUAUUGCUCUAUGAUGUUAUAUUAUAGCAGUGAUAUAUAUUCGGUGUACUUUACACUAAGCCACAAACUCUUUUUGAAGUACAAUAUAUUUUUAAUAGUUUUCAAUUUACAAUGGCAAGCAUUCUCACACAAAUGAACAUUGCACAAACUACUAACUAAUGUUGAAAUGAAACUAUUAUCGCGGUUUAAUUUUAGUUCCCGACGUUUCGAAACCUUUGCAGGUAAUAUGGUAUCAGUAUACCUUUGCAGUAUCAGUCUGCCGCUGACCGAAUAAACCGCGAUAAAAUCCGUAAAAGUAGUUUCACUUCAAUGUCUAACAUUCGCGUAAACCUAAGAAACCACUACCAACUAAUGUUUUUGCUUUAUAUCGCACUCUAUACUGUUAAACAAAUUGGUGAAGAAGAAUUAGUACUGAAACUAGGAUAAUUGGAUUGUGUAAAUAUGUAAAAUUAUAUUAUUUAGGAUAUAAAAAUGUUAUGUCUCUGUGUGUAAUUAUGUUAUACACUUUUCAGGUGCUUUUGCCAUUACAUUGCAUUAAUUUUCAUGAAUAACAUGUAAAACACAGCAUUUGAAUAAAUUGUAACAAUUUAUUUAUUAAAGUACAACUACAUGGUGUAA